GCGACGAGUUGUCUCACACGGGACAGAGCGGGAGUCGAGCCAGUCGAGUGCAGCGUAGCGCAAGCCUAGACAGCGACAGCCAUCAUGUGAGUGACGCCAGGCCUCGGUCCUGUCGCGACAUCUCGACAUCUCGCAAUAGGAACAUCUACCAACGACAGCCCUUUUCCGCAACCUCGUCUCCACUGUGCCAACGAUGCCAGCGACACGACCCAAUCACACAAUCGCGUGCUCGUGAGAUCCCUCGCUGACCGGUCGUCAUGCGCACAGGUCGUCCGGACAGCCUUAUGAUCCUUACAUCCCAGGCGCUCAGCCCGGGGGUGCGAGCAAACCGACCGGAUCGAAAGCGCCCAACAGCAAGACGGCAGAGAUCCAAGGCCAGAUUGAUGAUACUGUCAACAUCAUGAGAGAGAACAUCACCAAGGUCAACGAGCGAGGCGAGAGACUCGAUUCUCUCCAAGACAAAACAGAUAACUUGGCCGUCAGUGCGCAAGGAUUCAGGAGAGGCGCGAAUCGCGUGAGAAAGGCAAUGUGGUGGAAAGACAUGAAGAUGAGAUUGCUCAUAGGCGCUGGCCUCAUCAUCCUCAUCAUCGUCAUCGUAGUGCCUAUCGUCGUCAAGAACAAAUAGGGAUCAUCGCACGAUUCGUCGAAUGACAGCGGACUCAAUCCGAUCGGACCCAUCUCGCCUCCUUCUCUGGCACGUAACGCCACAGGAGGCGCCAACCAAAGCUCCAACUCGACAGCCGGUACCAGUAGCCGCUUCCUACCUCUCUCCAACGCAAUCUGAACCAAAUAAGUACGCAAGCCGCGCCACUGUCACCUGUCUGUCGAACUAGUCCGAUUAUACCCU